AACAUGGCUACAUGUAUCCAUCACCUUCAGUCCGCACUUAGUAUGAGAAGCUCUGUUCGGUCUUUUAUUUCUACCAAAGCAACCAUGGCCGAUGAGGUGGACUAUGAGAGCGACACGGCUAUGGCUGUGGAGGAAGAGGAGGUCAAGCCGCAGCAGGUGAAGCGUACAGUUAAAGGGCGUGGCUCCGGUUCCGCUGCGAUGGACGCGUCGCGGUAUCCGGCCGAGAGCGGCGUGUUCGAGAAGCUUAAGCCUUCAGCAUCCAGUCGGGACCACUCGACGGCUCUGCGCUCCGUGGAGGGAUGGCUACUAUUCGUCACAGGCGUACAUGAGGAGGCACAGGAGGAAGAUGUGAUGGACGCCUUCGGGGAGGACGCACAGGUCAAGGAUCUGCAUCUGAACUUGGACCGACGCUCGGGCUUCGUGAAGGGCUAUGCAUUGGUGGAGUUCGAACACUUUGAAGACGCCAAGGCGGCUAUGGAACGCAUGGACGGCCAGGAGAUCUUGGGCAGUACGAUUCAUGUGGACUGGGCCUUCCGGAAGGAAGAAGCUGAGAGACGUGGAGGACGUCGUUCCAAUCGACGGUAGAUGGAUACAUCUGAGAGAAUGGAUACAUUGGAGAGAAUUGCUUGUGUGUUUGUUGUUUCUUCUUUGUAGACAAUACGACGAGCUUGUAAAAACUAACUAUCCUAUGGUGAAGACACGCGCGUCGCGCUGUUUCUUGGGACGCCCGCUGGGCUUCUUGAU